AUGUCGGUUGGUAUGUCGGUUGGUAUGUCGGUUGGUAUGUCGGUUGGUAUGUCGGUUGGUAGGUCAGUAGGUCAGGUCAAAGGUCUCUACUGUCCCACUAACUUCAUUUUUUCUCCAGACACAGAGCGGCUCUACACCGUGUCCUUCCAGGAGAUCUGCGACCGCUUCGGGAAGCAGUACACGUGGGACCUGAAGGCCUCGGUCAUGGGGAAAAAGGCCCUGGACGCCGCCCGGGUGAUCCGGGACGCGCUGGAGCUCCCCAUGAGCCCCGAGGAGCUCCUCAACGAAAGCAGGAAAAUACAGGAGGACAUCUUCCCCUCCGCCCAGCUCAUGCCAGGGGUGGAGAGGCUGGUGGAGCACCUGCGGGCUAACGGCGUGCCCUCGGCCGUGGCCACCAGCUCGGCCUCCGGCUCCUUCCUGCUGAAGACCAGCCGCCACCGGGACUUCUUCUCCCGGUUUGAGCACCUGGUCCUGGGGGACGACCCCCAGGUGAAGGGGGGCAAGCCCCAGCCCGACGCCUUCCUGGUGUGUGCCGGCAGGUUCAGCCCCCCCGCCGCCCCCGACAAGGUGAGAGCUCCCGCCUAA